AUGUGUGUUAUGCGCACGGUUCUAAGCUGUCCCAAAAGGCACCCGAAACGCACGGUCGGCCGUUCAGUGAACGGUAUGGUGUCGUCUAGUAAGCUGGUGUUCGAUCGUGUUGCGGCCGGCCGGACCUGCCGCGACCUUUGGCAUCCACAGUUCGCCAGCUGCCGCCGGUACAAUGUGCACUUCUGGCGGACGAUAAUGCCGGGCAGCUUCAAGCUGUACGUGCCGCUGCUGGUGCUACCGCCGCUAGUGAAGCUGAACGACGUUACCGCCCGGUAUCUGCUCGAGCACACGCUCCAGUAUGUGUACAUUUCGCUCUGCACCUACGUACAGGCCGCCCUGUCCCUUUCCGCCCAAUGUGCGCUACACAAUCUGCUCGGCAGGCUCAACUACUGGUGCGUCAUGUUCUGGCCAUGUCUGCUGGGCGUCGCGAUCGGUCCACCCCUGCCCAAGCCGCUGCUCCGCCUGCAAGCGAUCACCUUUUUUAACAUGAGUUUGGAAGCUGCGGUGCGGAAGAGUACCGCCCCCGCCAUCCAGUACGCGCGCCGCUCGAAGCCGCUCGGCACGCUUACCUUCAUGGCGUUCAGUGCGCUCAUACUGGCCUGUCUGCGCAGCGGGCGCGUGAAGCAGUUCUGGCUCGUCAACCCCAACCCGGAGGCGCCCCCAAACUCCACCCAAGCGGGAUCGGCCGGCUGCAGCCAUGCGGGCCGCUGCGGCCAGCACCUUAUCGACGGCGUGCUAAAGUACGGCAUGGUGGGCCUCAUCCUGGAGGCGGGCCGUGCCGUACUGCGCAAGUGGAGCCUGCUCGCGACCCGACCGAUGGCCCUGUUCGGGGCCGAAUUCCGUGCCGCCUGCAACCUGAAGCUUGGACUGUUUCUGGCCUGCUACGUCGGCAUCUUCCGGUCGGUCUGCUGUUUGUGCGCGCGCCGGUACGGCCGAGAGCGGGUGGUGCAUGCGGCAAUGGCCGGAUUUCUGGCCGGCAUUCCCUACUGGCUCUAUCCCACCUACCAGAUCUACACGCUCGGGCUGACGAAAGCGAUCGAGAUGGGGUGGGAGUACUGCGGAACAAAGGCAGCGGAUGGGGACGACAACGACGACGACGACGGAUGCUUCACGGCUCGGCUGCUCCGACGGGCGCACCGGCUGCCCAUGCUGCGCCUGGUGCAGAUGUUUUCAUUCGGCUAUUUGGGGCACGUGUACGCCUUCUAUCCGCGCGUAUCGCCCGUCUUCCACCAGAAAGCGAUGGACGUAUGCUCCACCGACCUCACGCUCAACAUGAAACGGCGCAUUGCCGCGUGGUUUGCCGAGGUAUUGUAACAACUGCUUUUUCUUUCGUGUAAUGCUAUGUAUCAAAUGCUCUUUGUGCCUUUGUUAGGAAGUGCGGUGAAGGAAAUAUUUAACACUUUUUCUAUCUAA